AUGAAAGAAGAGUGGAGGCCUGAUCAGAAAAAAUCUACAGACGUGAUGACCGCGCAAAACACAGAGAAGGCAAAGGAUUUGUGCUGGUGUAUUCCAUCACAGCGUGGGCAACGUUUGAACGGAUUGAGCGGUCCCGGUCACAGAUCUUACGAGUCUAUGCCAAUCAUCCUUGUUGGCAAGGCCAAAAAGCACGAGGUCGGCAAGGACAAAGGCCUCGCUUAUGCUCAAAAGAUGGGCUGCUUCCUCAACGCCCUGUCCAAGUUCAAAACCGAAGGAACCAUUUUUUGGCGGCAGAGCACACGCAAGAAGUCUGAGGCCCCCGCCUCCUUCUCACCCACCUUGAACAGUGCACACAGGUCAAUUUUGGGCUGUUCUUAA